AGGGAGGCCACAGACAGAUCAGCCUGCACACAUAUGUCCCGAGUGACCCUCUGGAAGACUCCUGAGUGUGUCGGUGUGAGAACUAGGCUCCUGUGUUCCCUGAGCCAUGGAAGCACCUCUGCAGACGGAGAUGGUAGAGCUGGUGCCCAACGGCAAACACUCGGGAGGACUCCACCCAGCCAGCACCCCCAGCGCAGGCAAUGAGAGGGUCGAGGGCCCCCGACGAAGCUGUGUUGAGGGCGAGGGUUUCCUACAGAAAAGCCCGAGCAAGGAGCCACACUUCACCGACUUUGAUGGGAAGACAUCGUUCGGGAUGUCGGUGUUCAACCUCAGCAAUGCCAUCAUGGGCAGCGGCAUCCUGGGGCUGGCCUACGCCAUGGCUAACACGGGCAUCGUCCUCUUUCUGUUCCUGUUGACGGCCGUAGCCCUGCUCUCCAGCUACUCCAUCCACCUGCUGCUCAAGUCCUCGGGGAUCGUGGGGAUCCGUGCCUACGAGCAGCUGGGCUACCGGGCCUUUGGGACCCCGGGAAAGCUGGCGGCGGCUCUGGCCAUCACGCUGCAGAACAUCGGAGCCAUGUCCAGCUACCUGUACAUCAUCAAGUCCGAGCUGCCCCUUGUCAUCCAGACCUUCCUGAACCUGGAGGAGAAAACUUCGGACUGGUACAUGAAUGGGAACUACCUGGUGAUUCUGGUCUCUGUCACCAUCAUUCUGCCCCUGGCAUUGAUGCGGCAGCUUGGCUACCUGGGUUACUCCAGCGGCUUCUCGCUCAGCUGCAUGGUAUUCUUCCUAGUUGCUGUCAUCUACAAAAAGUUCCAGGUGCCCUGCCCACUGCCUUCCAACUUUGCCAACAUCACAAGCAACCUCAGCCUUGCGGAGGUCAUGGAGGAGGAGACACUGCUCCUGGGGAAGACCGUCGCCCCAGACUCCUGCACCUCAAACUACUUCACACUCAACAUACAGACGGCAUACACCAUCCCUAUCAUGGCCUUCGCCUUCGUCUGCCACCCGGAGGUGCUGCCCAUCUAUACAGAGCUCAAGGACCCCUCCAAGAGGAAGAUGCAGCACAUCUCCAACCUGUCCAUCGCCGUCAUGUAUGUCAUGUACUUCCUGGCCGCCCUGUUCGGCUACCUCACCUUCUACGACGGCGUGGAGUCGGAGCUGCUGCACACCUACAGCAAGGUGGACCCGUUCGACGUGCUGAUCUUGUGCGUGCGCGUGGCCGUGCUGACCGCGGUCACACUCACGGUGCCCAUCGUUCUGUUUCCGGUGCGCCGAGCCAUCCAGCAGAUGCUGUUCCAGAACCAGGAGUUCAGCUGGCUGCGGCACGCCAUCAUCGCCAUUGGCCUGCUCACGUGCAUCAACCUGCUGGUCAUCUUCGCCCCCAACAUCCUGGGCAUCUUCGGGAUCAUCGGUGCCACGUCUGCCCCGUGCCUCAUCUUCAUCUUUCCUGCCAUCUUCUACUUCCGCAUCGUGCCCGCCGAGAAGGAGCCCGCGAAGUCCUCCCCCAAAAUCCUGGCCCUUUGUUUCGCUGCACUUGGCUUCUUGAUGAUGACCAUGAGCUUGAGCUUCAUCAUCAUUGACUGGGUCUCAGGGACCAGCCGGCAUGGAGGGAGCCACUAGGACAACCCAUCCUGCUCUGUCUACUCCUCCCAGUGCCCCUGCCCAGACUCCUGAGCCCCAGCUCGCACCCAGUGGCCAGUCAGGGGGCAGGAGAAAGGCAUGGUUAACACGAUGGCAUUUGGCCCUGCCCCACGUCUUCUGUGGAAGGUUUCUUUAAAAAGAGCCAGGACCAAGGCCCUUGGGCCGCUACCCUGCUGGGCUUCUGGGCUGCAGGGCCUUCUUGAGCUGGGAGCAGAGUGGGGAUGUACCCCUGCUCCCCUCCUGUUGCUCCAGAUCUCCCCCAAGCCCGGUCUCCUCCUUGCACAGAGGCAUAUGCUGAGCCCACACAGCCUGUGGGGGCAGGCAAAGCUGGAACCCAGGCCUGCAGCCAUCUCCCCACUUUGCUGCUGGGCCACCGUCUGCGCCCUGAGGCCCCAGCUCCCUCAGCCCCCUUGCCUUCCCUCUUUCUGUUCCCUAGGCCCCUCGCAGGCACUUGGGCUCAGGUCCUUGAAUACUCUUGCCCCCUUCUCCCAUCCCCUCCACCAGGAGCAGACCCCCACCCUAUACGUGGAGCCAGCAGGCUAUUUUGAGGGUGAAGUUGGUGUGGAUACCCCCAAGGGACCCCUGCCAUGCACCUUCACCAGUCCUGGGGAGGCUGGGACUCCCCCCACCCCGAGCCUGGGCUGUAACUCACAUUCCAUGGCUGGGAGAAGAGAGAGGCUGGGGCCCAGAAUGUCUCUGCCUCUGGGAGCCUACGACCCCAGGGGCCAGCCUGGGACAGGGUGGAGAGACUGCCUGGCAGCCCCCUUUUAUAAAUAUUAUACAUAAGACCAGCUGUGUUUUAUAUUCUUGGUCUCCAUGGUCCCUGGGUUCCUGGAAAAUGGAGUGAGAACUGGGACCUGGGUGGUGAUAGAGCGCCCUCCUGCUUCUUCCCUGGAUGAGGGCAGGGA